GUUGGAAGUAAAAGGAGCGGAAGACACCUGAGCGCUCAGAAACAUCGGAUUUCAGCAGCGACGAAAGCAGCGCUUAGUUUUAUAGUCGGACCCACAACCAUCGGGGCAUGGCUCAGUUAUUUCUCUUGGCUUCUAUCUGCCUUUUUGGCACAGGAAUAGUUCUCGCUCAGGAAGGAUGCUCGUUUACUGAACUGAACCAAGGUUUGGCCCUGAAGUCCUGGGACGCGGGUGCGAACCUUUCAGCUCACCUGACCGAUAUUUCCGACCAGAGUGAGUGCAAGAAUGCGUGCUGUAGCAGAGAAGACUGCCAACUGGCCAUGAUUACGACUCCAGCUGAUGGCUCACCUCAGUGCUUCCUUGUGAAUUGUAUGAAAGACGGCAAAAAUGUUUGUGUUUUGGAGCCAAGUGACCACUCCAAAGCGUACAUCAAGACUCAGGUCUCUGACCGCUCCAACAGCUCUACAGAUAAUUGUCUUUUGGAAAAAGCGGUUGGUCAUUGCCGGGCCGCCUUCCCCCGAUUCUACUACAGUGUCAGUGACCAAACCUGUAAAAUGUUUGUGUAUGGGGGAUGUGGAGGAAACAGCAACAACUUCAACACAAAGGAAGAAUGUGAAAAUGCAUGCAAUGGGGUUAGAGCAAAACCCACUGAAGCUCCCCUGCCUGAGAUGACAUCAGCAGAGUAUGCAGAGAAGUGCCAGGCUGAACCACAGGUAGGGCUCUGCAGGGCCUCAUUCCCACGCUACUACUACACAAACGGCAUGUGUAAACGCUUCAGAUAUGGUGGAUGUGGUGGCAAUAGCAACAACUACCACACUGAGGAGGAGUGCAUGAAAACCUGCACAGUGAAAAUCGUCAAAUCUAAGGAUUCUAAAGAUUUUGAUCAUGAGGAAUACCAAGCGGCCUGCCUCGUGCCAGCUGACUCUGGGCCGUGCCGUGCCGCUUUCUUCAUGUACUACUUUGAGCCAAAAACUCAGUCAUGCGAGCUGUUCACCUACGGAGGCUGCAAAGGCAACGAGAACCGUUACAGCACCCCGGAGGAAUGCAUGUCCAAUUGUGCUGGGAAAGACGGAGGAUUUGAGGAGCAUGGACAUCACAGAGCUCGCUGGACUCCAGCCUUUUUCUUGGUGGCUACUCUGGCCAUCAUGUCAGUCGUGCUGCUUGUUGGGUUGCUCCUGAUCUCAGUGCGCCGUGUAAAGAGUCAGCGCCAUCUGUUACUGGAUGACAAGCAAGAGCUACUGCCCGAGGAGCACCUUCCUGAGGAGAUGGCCCAAAACGAGUAAAUCCUUAACCACUAAAACAACCUCUAAAUCUUUUUCCUUCUCUCAUUGCCCUGCCUGCCACUGAGCACCUAUAUAUAUAUAUAUAUAUAUAUAUAUAUAUAUAUAUAUAUAUAUAUAUAUAUAGCCUAUACCUAUAUAUGUUUUUUAUAUAUAUAUAUAUAUAUGUUUUUUAUAUAUAUAUAUAUAUAUAUAUAUAUAUGUAUAUAUAUAUGUAUGUAUAUGUAUGUGUGUGUGUGUGUGUGUACACUCCAAAUCUGUCACACCUUGGUUUUGGGAAAGGUAAGAAAAGGUAGGGCUUUAAUACAAUAGCAGAUUAUUGAACUCAGUGAUUGUAAGUAUGAAGGGGAAAAAUGUUCUGUAUAAGUAAACCUAGAUUGACGCACCAGCUUUCAUAUGAUUCUUCAUGUAGCAUAUAAGUAAGAUAAACUUGGUAGUUUGUUAAAACACUGAAUCUUUAAACCGAGGUGUUUUUAGCAAUGCGGAAAAUGUGUAACUUCCUUUUCUCUUUUGUGUUUUGUCAGCAAAUGAACAUUCAUUUGCUUGUUAACAACUGUGUCUUAUCCAUAGCAUACACUGGAAAAUGGGCAGAUUUUUAGAUGGAAUGCAUUCCUAUGUUUGUGCAUAAAAAUCUAGGGAUUUUCUGUUCUUUCAUUUUAAUUUAUUCUGCCUGCUGAUAGAGCAAUACUUUGGUCUGACCAGAUCUUCAGUUUUACAUGAUUUCAUAUAUAUUAAUAAUACUAUUUUUUUUUUUUUUUUUUUUUACAAUAAAUGACUUGCUAUUUGCUUUGACAGUAAAUAAAGUGAAACUUGAAUUUAAACAGAAGUAACAGCCCAUUUAAGAGAAUGUGGAGGAUAAUUUGCAUGGAGAAGUUUGAUUAUUCUAGGGUCUUUUAGUUGAUGGUACACUCCACUUAUUUGAUUUUUUUUUUUAAUUACUAAAGUUAAAUGGCUACAACAUUGAUAAAAACACAAAACAAAAAUCUUUAUGUAUAAAUUUACUUGGUACAUUUUAAAAUACAUUAAACGAUUAAUUACCUGAGCAAUGUGAAACAAACAUAUCAUAGAUGUGCUAAGAAUUCUCAAUUCUCACACAGAGUGAGACGGAUAAGUACAACAUUUGAAAUACUUUUCUGUAUGAUAAAACAAUUCUGUAUAGGACCUACGGUUAUGAAUCAUUAUUAUAUAUAUUUUUUAUUUGUUGAAGUUUUUUUGUGUUCUAACCUGAAUAAAACACUACUGAUGAUGGAACAAGAGCUUCCUUUCUACUGAUGUUCUCAAGAUCUCUGUUUUCCAAGUAAUAUUUCAUCAUCUCUUCAGCUGGAAAUGAAAACUUUGAAAUUACAGGUCUGUCCUAAUAAAAACAACAUUUAAUA